AUGGCCGUCGUUGGAGCCCUACCCGCCGCCGUCCGCUUCGUCGACUCCCGGUCAAAGAGCUGCAACGGGAGGCCUAUCUGGAGCCUCGACGACUACGGCGAGACGGGCGUGCUCGGCCACGGGUCCUUCGGCACCGUCAUCAAGGCGCGCUACUACGGCACCGGGGAGAGCGUGGCCAUCAAGAUCCUCACCUCGACCAGCAGCCAAGACGCGACGCUCCGGGAGGCCGACCUGCUCGCGGCGUGCAGCGGCCACCGCUCCAUCGUGCAGCUGCGCGCCAUGUCCCUGGACCCCGCCACCGACGCGCUCUCGCUCGUGAUGGAGUACGUCGGGCCAAGCCUCAGCGACGUCCUCCGCUGGCGCCACGCCCGCCCGUUCCCGGAGGCCGACGUGCGCUGCGUCAUGCGCCAGCUCCUGUCCGGCGCGGAGCACAUGCACCGGUGCCGCGUCGUCCACCGGGACAUCAAGCCCGACAACGUCCUCGUCGGCGGCGACCGCAUGAGCGUCAAGAUAUGCGACCUCGGGCUCGCCAUGUCCAUGACCGAGUCCCCGCCGUACGGCCGCUGCGGCACCCGCAACUACACCGCGCCGGAGAUCCUCCUGGGGAAGCCCGACUACGACGCGACGGUGGACGCGUGGUCGCUCGGCUGCGUCAUGGCCGAGCUCCUCCGAGGAUGCCCGAUCUUCAGCGGCGCAGAGGACGACGCCGACCAGCUCCUCAAGAUCUUCGCGAUACUUGGCACGCCGAACGAGUGGUCCUGGCCGGCUUACGGCUCCAUGCCGCUCGCUGGAGAGCUGGUGACGCUGCCGAGCAUCCCACACUGUAACAGGCUGCGCGAGAUGUUCCCUGAGCACCGCCUGUCCGCGGAAGGGUUCCAAGUACUGAGCGGCCUCCUCUCCUGCGACGCCGAUAGGAGGCUGUCGGCGACGGCCGCCCUCCGGCAUCCAUGGUUCACCAACAACGUGGACGACGCUCCCGAAUGUCUGAUCUGA